AUGAUGAGCAAAUGGUCGGCAAAGCCGUCCGAUUACCAAGCAGUCAGGCUUCGCAACAACCAGCGUCGCCACCGCAAGAAGGUCAAGGACCAUAUCGCAGAGCUCGAGUCCCGCCUAUCAGAGACGCAGAUGCAGCUCGACCAGGCUCUAUCCCGCAUUGCCGAGCUCUCGGAUGCGCUCUCUCGGAUACGCCCCGAUCCAGUGCUGCUCCAAAACCACAAAGCCUCGGGGCAAUCCCCCAGGACGAGGCGCCAAACUGCCACCGACGAGCAUUUAUGGCUGUCAAUCAAUCACAGCCCAACAGCUGCGCAGGGACUCGAUCAAGCACAUCCUCGCCUCGCAGCCUUGCGACAAGAAGACCAGGUGACGCAGACGAGCCUGACCCCAAGCCUGUCCGUCCAUGGAGAGUUCUCGGCCUCGAGUCUGCGUCCUGUGUCUUUGGGCCCGUGCACAAGCAACGUCGCUGUGCAAACGGCCGACCUCGGCUCCGAGGCAGUUGCAGACGCUGAAGAAGAGGACUGCCGUAGCAUGCCGCUUCCGGAACCGGGGAAGCCAACCACCAGAUGCCGGGAUGCAUUUCUCAUCAUCAAUCAGCAAAACCACAAGGCCUUGGACAGCUCCUUCAUCCGCAUGUGGUUAAAACCCGGGUAUCGGAGGUCGAUUUCUGACGGCGACGGAUGCCGCGUCGAUACAGUCUUGCUAUUCUCGUUGUUGGAUUGGAUCAGUGGUUCGUAG